AUGUCAGACAGCAGUAGUUCACGGACGCCGUCUCCACGGCCAUCGCGGAAACGCAAGCAUGUCCCUGAGGACCCGCCGCUCGAGAUCGACCUGGAUGCACCGGAGCCAGCCUCGAAGAAAGCGCUGCGGAAGGAAAAGAAGGCGAAACUAAAGUCGGGUUCGAGUGAAGCGACAGUGGCCGCAGUCAGCGAAGGGACAGAGCAAGUCAACGAAACAGAGAAGGAUAAAACAGACCAGAAUGAGACAAACAGCAAGAAGCAAAGGACAGGAUUCGGGGUGUGGAUUGGAAACUUGCCCUUCACGGCCACAAGAGAGAUGCUGCGGACGUUCCUGACGAGCAAGAGCGGGAUCCUAGACAGCCAGAUCACACGCGUUCACAUACCGGACAGCGGAGCGAAGCGGAGAGGCGUCAAGCAGAACAAGGGAUUCGCAUACGUCGACUUUACGAGCCAGGCGGUGGUUGAGCUAGCGAUUGCGCUGAGCGAGGAGCUCGUCGGCGGCAGAAGGGUGUUGAUCAAGGAUGCUACCAAUUUUGACGGACGAGUAGUGAAAGAGGCUGAGAAGGACGACUCCAACACGGUGGGAGGAAAUCCACCAUCAAAAAAGAUAUUCGUGGGGAAUCUGUCCUUUGACACGACCAAGGAACUUCUCGAAGAGCACUUCAGCCCUUGUGGGAGUAUAUCUAAUGUGCAUGUUGCCACGUUUGAAGACUCGGGGAAGUGCAAGGGCUAUGCGUGGGUGGAAUUCGAGUCUACCACGUCAAGCCAGGCUGCUGUACUGGGGUUUGUCAAAAUACCUGAUCCUGAUGAUGAAGUGGACGAGGAGGAAGAACAAGAGGAAGAAAAAGAAGAAAGAGAAGAAGAAGAAGCGGGCGAGGCUGGAGAAGCAAACGGCGCCAGUACGAAGAAGCCUAAGAAGCGGCGCAUGAAGAAAGUGUGGGUGAAUCGACUUCAGGGCCGCAAACUACGCAUGGAGUUCGCUGAGGACUCAACGACACGGUACAAGAAGCGGUUUGGAAAGGAGAAGACAGAGACGGGGGACGAUGCUGGCUCGAAAUCUGCGGGCAGUGAGACCGCACCUUCAGCAGUAACCAGCGCCAAACCGAAGCCUAAGAGGCCUGUCAAGUCCUACGGCCAUUAUUCUACUGAGACCGUACAGAAGCUGCACGGGACUAUAGUGGAAGCAAAAGGAACAAAAGUGAUAUUUGACUGA